UGGGAAAAUAAAAAUAUUCUAUUAAUUUUCCACUUGAUGGCAGUGAUUUCUUUUCUUUCUUGCCUUCCCUCCUCUCAUUUGUUCUCUCUCCUAGCAAAAUGGAAAAAGAAGGCUCAUCAGUGACAUGUUCUUUUUUCACCUUUUCUGGCUUUUCUGUGUAUCAAGUUAUUACCGAUGGGAUUGGUUCCAUUUUACCAUCUGGAAUACAAAAGGCAAUUUUGGAUGGGAUUUUCACAAUAGGUCUUGCACAGCUUUCUGAAUCUCUCCUAAAUGAAAAAAACCCACUUGGGUCUUCAAGGCUUGCCAAAGUAAGGCGUAUAUUUGAAAAAGGAAAGAGCCUUCAGCUCCAGUUUUCUGCUGAGGAUCUUGGUUUCAGUUUCAGGGGAGACGAGUCAAUUUGGCCAAUUUAAGCAUUUUCAUAUCCUAUCAUCUAUUUUCGGUACCUUGAAGGAGCACUUAUUCCUGAUAAUGAUAGCAUGGUGGAUGUUCUGGAACCUCUUACUGUUCAUCAGAGGGA